AUGCUGUUGGCUAGGUUGCAGGAUACAGUGUGCCCUGAGAGCAUAGCAGACCUGCAGAAGCAGGGCCUUGCAUACUUUUAAACAAUCAGUGCUCAGCUGAUAGCCUGGGCAGAUGUUGUGUUCCUCUGUUGCCUCCUGGCACAUGUGCUGUCCAUCUGCUCUGUCAUUCAGCCUGCCAUCCAGAACCGUGUUGUGUACAGCCUUAUCACUGCCAUCCCUCUCCUCAGGCUGGAGCACCUCCUUUGCUACAGUGCCAUUGUAAGGCUGCAGCACCAGUGCCCCUGGCCAGGAUCCUAUCCAUCCAUGAGUGGGGGGGGUGAAGGGAACAGGGUGUACUGCUGUGUGGGCAACAUGUUUGAUUUUGUUUGUCCUGCAGGGAAAGUAGGAGUCAAUGCUGAAUGGCUGGGGAUGGUUUUCUCUGCAGCCCUGAAGAGCAGCUCGUGCCAGAGCCUGCCUCACCAGAAGGCACUGAAAUUACACAAUGACCUCCAUUUCCCUUAACGCUACCCCAUCUGUGCAGAGCACAAAACUUCCUGCCCACUUGUGUGCAAAAGUUUCAUCAGCAAAGUUUUUGCCUCUUCAGUGACUGAAGAGGAAGCCUUUCCCUGGUUUGACCUGAUAGCUGCACAACUGAGAGAGUCUCCCUUUAGCCAGCUGCUGGAAAUGACUGCAGCGGAGCUUGGUGUGAUAUUGGAUGAGAGGACCUCAUUCUCCAUAGCUGCUUCUGACAUCUUCUCAGAAAGUCCAGAGGAAACAACUAUUAUUCUAAACCCCCAUAAACUCUAA